UGGCUGCUUCAUUGCGGCGCCGGCCGACCGCGUCUUAUGAAUGAAACCCGCUCUGCAGUUUGUCACCCUGAGCGGAGGCGGAGAAGAGAAGACGGGAGGCGCUCGCUCGCGCGCGCGCUAGGGAAGUAAAUUGGGGGGAAAAGGGCGCCCCGGACAGAGGCUGGAGAUGGCUGGACCGCGAUUUGUUUCCAACAAAACAUCUCAGCAUGCUUUAUUAUCUAAUUCUGAUUACACUUGGGAGUAUGAAUAUUAUGAAUAUGGGCCAGUUUCAUUUGAAGACCUCAAGGCUCAUAAGUAUUCCAUUGUGAUUGGUUUUUGGGUUGGCCUUGCUGUCUUUGUCAUUUUUAUGUUUUUUGUUCUCACCUUGUUGACAAAGACUGGAGCACCACACCAAGAGAAUACAGAGUCUGCAGAGAAAAGGCUCUGCCUGAACAACUUUGUGGCUGAGUUUGGGCGGCCAUUGGAUUCUGACAGGAUCUUCUCUCAUCAAGCUGCUGAAGAAUCCAGGUUGCUUUUCCAUUGCUAUGUCAAUGAGUUUGAGGGUGUGGACAAAGGAAAACAGUGCCACAGAGUGCCGGUGAUGGACCCUAACAUCCAUUUGCAGGAAGUAAUUCAUAACAGUGCAAGACUCGAAGAGGAACCGAAUUGCCACACCAAAUUCAACAUCCCGAACUUUGUGAACACUGACCAGAACUCUUCCUUGUAUGAAGAUGACCUGUUGAUUUCUGAACCACCCAUCAUUUUAGAGAGCAAACCGGUUAGUCAGAUUUCUCCCUAAAUUCUUAACUGAUGAACCUCAAGCAAGAUAUUGGUUGGUUUUUUGGGGGGAAGCUGGGGUUCCAGCAAGAAAUAGUAUCACACCUUCUGCAGUCUAUACUGAAGCAGAAUAUGUUUCAUCUUGAACUCCAGCCCUGUCUUUCAUUUGUAGCUACAGAACAUUUUUUUUAAUAUUUUAUGUUCUUUAAACUUUCGCCCUAUAACCAUGAAUAAACCAGAUGAAAGGAGUAGAUUUCUUCUAACUCUUCCAAAAAUUAUUAGCAGUUCCAUUUUUCUUAAAAGCCAGCUUUUGAGAUGGGUAGCAGAAAAUCCUUGUUCCUGUUCAUCUGUAAUUCGGCAGGCAAAAUCUCCUCCAAAGGAGAUGCUAUAUAUGUGAAUUUCAUUCAGAUGCGGCAAGAGAAUUUCCAGUGGCAGUCAAUGGAAGACAUGAGCCUUUGGAUUUCUGAAUCUCCACUUCAGAUUGAGACCUGAAUUAAAGCAGACUGUCCACUAAUUACAGAAGGCUGAAGUGGGCCAUUUUCAAGAGUGGCAAAUGGUAGUUGGAAAUUACACUUAUGUUCUGUGCCCAUUCCUGAUAUUCAGAGCUGGUUCUUAUACUGGAAACAUUCCUAAGUUGCUAUGUUGAUUCUUCAGAACAGGCCAACUUAAAAGCCAAUAUUUUGGGGCUUAUAUUUGCUUCUGUAUGGUAUGCAUGCUUAAAAAAAACCCUAUCCAGAGCUACAGCUGUACUUCAAGAUAUGAACUUCUUCCCUAAAUUUUGUGCCAAACUCAAAUUGUACUGGAACUUUGGAUGAUACAUAAAAAAAAAUUAAAAUUGCUUGGCUCAAAAUGAGCUUGUUAAAAGCCUUGCAGUUAGGGAAUUGGCAACAAACACUCAGACUGUCAUCUGCCAUGGAAGGAUGCUACACUGAGAGAGCACAAGAUGGUGCCCACCAGCUGCAUUGGGAUCUUGAGUAAUUUUGAAUGAAGGAGUACUUGUUAUGAGAGGGACAUGUUUUGUUGACUUCAGCAGUCAGUUUGUUUUGCAAAUUAAUCUCUUGUAUUUGCCAUUUAAUUUGUUCAUUAUUUUGUUCCUGAAGAUGGCACCUUGUUAAAUUGUUUCCACUGUUUUGUCCUGGCAGUUACCUAGAAUGACCUUUCUGGGAAGACUAGUUCAUCUGCAUGCCAUGGUAUCUUUUUAAAUUGUUCUGUUACUUUGGUUAAAGAUUCUAAAUAUCAUAUAUAUCAGCAUUUGUUCUGGGCAUGUAUUUACUCAUCGAGGCACCCGCAGUGUCCCAGUAGCUUACUUCCAAGUAAUUAAAGUCUCAGUCAGGUUAGUGAAGAUACACAGCAGGAUCCUGUUAGGCACUAAAGGUGCACAAUGAUCUGUUGGCAAAGAAACAGAAGAUUUCCUGCUUGCAUAACUAUUGCUGAUUGUGGAUAGUUGCUUUACACUUGUGCAAGAAGAUCCUGGAUGCUUCCUUGUGCAAGCUCUGUAAAGGCAGAACAGCCCACAUGCAUUCAGUGAACCAUUUGACUGUACAGGAUCCUGACCAGAAACC